CGCUUCGAUACAAGACGAAAUAAAUCGUAAGUUAACAGGAUAAUAAAUUAGCUAAUAAAAUAGUGUUUAGGGAAAUAAAUAUACGAACAAAUUUUACAUAGCACAAAUGUUUACAGGACGAUGGAAUGAAAAGAUGUUUCUGGUAAUGUUGGUGUGUUUGGCAACUGUCAUGGCGGCCAGAGCGUCUGACGUGGAACCCAUGCCAUGCAAAGUGAAGAUUCAAACUCGGCACCUACCUAGUUUCUUCAACAUGAAUAACAAGCCGUUGAAAUCUGAGACAUUUGUGAUCACGGUAUCUGAAGAAAGCGCGGAUAGCUGUUACCUAAACUUAACAGAGGCUGUAACAAAGAUGGCGUUUCCAACUUUCCCAGUGCUUGAAGUCAUAGGAAUUAUAUGCAAAAGUCACAAACGUGUCUAUUUCACGGAAUACGAGGGACAACAAGCAAAACACAUCAUAUUCCAUGUGGAGGUAAAGCUUUGUAUCGUAGAGAUGGAAAACUUGAAUCAUUUACUAAAAGUUGGGGAUACACGUGUUCUUCUUGUAAGUGGAAUGAUAAAACGUCGGGAGGAAACCCUUCAUUUACGACAGGAAGAUGCGCUAGAGGGUGUAGUUUCUUUUUUCUACGAAAUCAUCGGCACGGAAAAGCAGAACAUUACAGACAUAUUCAAAAUAAAUGCUUCCUAUCCCCUUUUGGCGGAAAUAAUUCUUAAAAAUGUCACUUUUGACAUGUGUUCGGUUCAGUUGUCCAAGGUAUUCCCGAAUUUACAAUCACUGGAGCUUCUAGAAAAUGACCUUACUUUGCCACCUGAUAUAUUUCCUUGGGCAACAGAUUUAGCUUUACUUCCAAGAAAUCUGUCCAGGAGUCCACUGAUGCAGAAUCAUUACAUUCAUGCAGAUUUUAUUGAGAUUCCGAGCAAUGUUUUCAGACGGUAUCUAAAUUUAGAUGGAAAUGCGAUACAUAACCUAAGCGAGUAUCUAUUCCACGGACACAUUGAUAAGAUCAGUCUUAAAGGAAACGAAUUGCACGUCAUUGGCGAUAGUACAUUUAACAAUGUUACUCAGCUCCAACACCUCGAUCUAAGCAAUAACAUGAUCACAGAAAUACCUCAUAAUGCAUUCAAAGGGUUGACAUCAUUGCGAAAACUUGAACUCAGUGGAAAUCAAAUACAGCUCAUGCAGAAUAAUACUAGUAUCUUUGACGAUCUUAUAUCCUUGAGGUUUUUAGGUUUAGCAAAUAACUCUUUAGAAUUUAUUCCAACAAGAUUAUUUGAAACUCUAAAGCACGUGGAAGUAAUUCGAUUAGAAAGAAAUAAACUGGUCAGUAUCAAUCCAUAUUCAUUUCCUUUAGAUUCGGUGAAGUUAAACGAAAUUCAUUUCCAGUUCAAUCCAAUAACAGAUCUACCACAGUUUCCAUUCUACAUAAGAAGCCUCCGGCUAGCCAAUUUUCAUGCAACACAUAUCGCUUUUGAAAACUUCACUAGCUUUUUAGAAACGUUUGUUGAUUUUCAAGUGUACAAUGCAGUCGUGGACUCGGCUAGUAACGCAGAUCGUUCUGAUCUUCUUGAACGUGCUGAAGUACUAAGAAAAAUCGACCUAAGCGAUUGCAACAUCACUAACAUACAUCUGAUCGAACAUCCACCUGCAGAAAUUACUAACCUUCUGAAAGUGCUUUUGCUUCAUUUUGAGUUUGACCUCACAAAUAAUCCAAUUAUUUGUGAUUGCAACAUGAACACAUUGAUAGAUUUUAUUCAAGAAAAUGCUAAAAAUUGCACAAUUCCGGAGAAUGAGUACUUUUUCAACGACUGGCUAUGCCGAGCACCCACUGAGCUAGACGGAAGAAAGAUGCUGUCUGUAAAACCGGAGGAAACAUACUGUGAAAUUUCUAUCUCAAGAUGUCCUCAAGAAUGCACUUGCUAUGAGAGAGCAACAGUAAAACAAAUAAUAGUUGAUUGCAGGAAUAAGACACUGAGCAGUAUUCACAGAAAUUUGCCGGAUGCAAAACUUGAAUUGUGGUAUAGCGGUAAUAAAAUUAACAAUAUAAUAAGUUUUCCAUCUCCAGAAAAUAUCAUCGUAUUAGAUGUAAGCAGAAACAAACUAGAGACGAUAACUGGCGAAGCAAUACAAAGAAUGAAGACUUUAAAGGUACUUCGCCUAGAUUCUAAUGUUUUGGCAUACAUACCCAAGGAAAUUGCAAUGCUGAAAAACUUGGAAGCAGUGAAUAUUGUUUCAAAUCCAUUAACAUGCGACUGCCAAACAUUAUGGAUGAAAGACUGGCUUAAACUAAACAAACUCGUCAUCAAAGACUGGUAUAAGGUAGCAUGUAAAGUUGAGAACGAAGAUGGCAUGGUCCUGACAGAAGUUCCAGAUGAUAAAUUUGUAUGUAAUAAAGAUCCUGAUGACAUAAUGAGAAUUGUUUUACCAUCUGUCACUUGCUCUGUGUUGACGUUAUUAUUUGUGAUUUUAUUUGUUGUGACAUAUGCGUACCGACUAGAAUGUAAAGUUUUGAUGUUUGUUUAUUUUGGAAUUCACCCAUUUGAUAGAGAUUCGCAAACAACUAAUGAAAAUCUUGACUGUGUCAUUGUUCAUUCAGGUUUACAUACCGAUUGGGUUAUGGAGAAAAUUGUAUCUUUAUUGGAAAAUGGAAAUUACGAAUUCGUGGUAUGUGAUAUGGCAAGAGAUUUUGUAAUUGGGUAUUCCUUUCAAGAAAACCUUACAAGAACUGUGAGACACAGUAAACGAAUGAUCUUUUGUUUAUCAGAAGAUUGGAAAACGUCGUCUGACAGUUUCACAACAGCAUGGCGAAUUGCUCAAGAAAAGAUCAAAGACAUUAGGUCUCAUUAUGGCAUUAUUGUUUCACAUGAAAUAAACAAAAAAGAUAUACACGACAAAGACCUGAGACGGUUCAUCGAGCACGGGAGGUUUGUUGAUUCUAAGGACAGAUUGUUUGGAAAUAAGAUCGUAUACUAUAUGCCACAAGUGGUUAAGAUAAGAUCUGAAGUUUCUGAUACGGUUAACUUUAGAAAUGUCGAAAGACACAUAUCAAGAUGCUUCAUCAACAGUUACUGUGAAGACAUUGUUCAAGAUCAAACAGUACAACGAUCAAAUACUUUUGAAGAUCAACAGCCAUCGCAAAACAUUGAGACUAACGCACGUAGCCAUGCAUUUAUCUCGUACCACGACAAAGACAUUCAAUAUAUUUUGAAAGAGUUACUUCCCUUACUAGAAGGGAACGGAUUCAGUUACUGCAUACCAGACAGGGACUUUGUUCCUGGUGCUUCUAUUGAGGAAAAUAUUCUGAAUGCAAUCGACAGAAGCCAUAGAACUAUAUUCAUAUUGUCACCAUCACAUGUCGAGGAUGAAUGGUCACUGUUUACAUUCAGAGCAGCUUAUGAGAAGGCACUUCGAGAAAAAUCCAACCAUCUCCUGGUCAUAAUCAAAGAAGAAGUAGAAGAUAAAGAUCUUGAUGAAGAAAUAAGACAUUACCUAAACAAUUAUAUUUGUCUUAAUGUAAAUGACAGAUGGUUUGAGAAGAAGUUAUAUAAUGGAUUGCCACUGUUGAAAAACCGAGAGGAUUUUCACACGUCUCCAUUAUUUUUGAGAUGCGUAAGUGUAGAUGAAAACGAUGUUACAAUUGAAGUUAACAUGAUGUCAUUGACUAAUCCGUUCACGAUAUUGUAUUGGCUGGUGAUUGUUUAUCCCGUUGCUAUGGAAAGGGAUAUUCCUCCGCCAUGUGUUACAAUGGCUCAAAAUCAGGAUUUGUUCAGCUAUUUUCAUAUGGAUGGCAAGCCAUUAAAAUCCGUGGGAUACAUAGUCAAAGUUCUCAGUGAAAGCGAAGAUUUUUGUUCGUUAAACACAACAAAAAUGGUUGAAGAGAUGUCUCUGCCUUCAUAUCCGAGAGAAAACGCAAUAGCUAUUGCUUGUAAACAGCAGAAGGGCAUCCACCUUACAAACUAUGUUGGUGAUCCACAGAAGCACAUUAUUGCCCAUGUAGAAAUUGUAAAUUGCACAAUUGACAUGACAAACAUUAAUCGUCUGCUAAAUGUGGCAGACACAAAGGUGCUCGUCAUUAUGUCAAAGAUAAACAAAACCACCGUAACAAAUGACAACAACAGUACUGAUGGCUUGCAAAAUGUUGUUUCUUUUGUCUUGGAACAUAUUUACAAAGAAGUGCAACAUUUGUCGAAUAUAUUUGAUAUUAACAAAGCAUAUCCACAUCUUGCAGAAAUUUCUUUGAAAAACAUAUCACUUGAAAAACUACCAACAAACAUCAGUGAAAUAUUUCCAAAUUUGCAAAGUUUAGAGCUGCCAGAAAACAAGCUGAUAUUGCCGCCAGCACAAUUCCCAUGGAUUGAUACCACAGUUAGACUUCCUAGAAAUAUUUCUCGUAGUCCAUUCAUGCAAAGUCACUACAGCACAUCAGACUUUAUUGAUAUUCCCGACAAUAUAUUUCGACGCUAUUUCACCCUCGAUGAUAAUAGAAUCGAAGAUCUGAAUAACUUCUCAUUUCAUGGAUUAAUGCAUAAAAUAAGUCUUAAACGAAAUGGUUUAAAAACGCUUGGAAGCAAGACAUUCAGAAAUGUUACCGGGCUCCAAAACCUCGAUCUCAGUGAAAACGAUUUAAGACUAUUGCCAGAAGGAGUAUUCAGUGGAUUAGUGUCUUUAAAAUUCCUAGAUAUUAGCAGUAAUCAUUUACAAAACUUGACGACUGGAUUAUUUCACGAUCUUUUCUCUUUAAAGAUCCUAAGCCUAGCAAAUAACUCUAUUUCGUCUCUUCCAACGGGAUUAUUUACAAACCUUCACAAACUAGAAGUACUUCGCCUAGACCAUAAUGAUUUGGUUGAUGUAAACCAAAAUGCCUUCCCACUGGAAUCGAUAAAUCUAAAGAAAUUGUAUUUCCAUUUUAAUCCGCUUCGAACUCUUCCCGAGUUUCCGUUCUGGAUACGUAGCCUCAAUCUCGCAGAUUUCCAUGCAACCGACAUUACCUUUCACAAUUUCACUAUGUUUCUAGAAGAGAUUGAUGCCUUGAAAGUCUACCAUAGUGUUGUUAAUUCGGCUAGCAGUUCCGAUAUCAAGGACCUUCUUGAAAGGGCAGAAGUAUUAAAGAAAAUUGAUGUUUCUAAUUCUAACAUUAGCAGUCUGCAGUUGGAGGAAACUUUACCAAAAGAACUGGAGAAGCUUCUGCUAGUACUUCUGCUUCAUUUCGAAUUUGAUCUUAGAAAUAAUCCGAUACAUUGUGAUUGCAACAUAAAUAGUCUCUCAAAGUUCAUAGAUACGAAUGUAUUAAAUGGAACUAUUCCCGAAGAUGAAUACUUCUUCAGGGACUGGGUAUGUCAUGCGCCAACAGAACUAGCCGGAAGGAAAAUGCUGAAAGUUGAACAUAAAGACACCUAUUGCACGGUGAAUGUGUCUAGUUGUCCACUGGAAUGUGCUUGUUAUGAAAGAGCCACAGUAAAUCGUAUUAUAGUUGACUGUAGAAACAAGACGUUGUUUCAUAUACACACCGAACUACCAGAAGGUGUACUAGAACUAUGGUAUCGUGAAAAUAAUAUAACGGAGAUAAAGAGUGUAACAAAUCCUGAAAGAAUAUAUAUGUUAGAUGUCAGUUUCAAUAACAUUAUUCAUAUCGAUGCCAACGUUUUCACUGGUAUGGAUAAGCUGAAAGAAUUGCGUUUACAGGCAAAUGCCUUGGCGUACUUACCAAAUGACCUAACACAGCUGAAUUUAUCCAGUGUGUCGAUUUGGCCAAAUCCAUUUACAUGCGACUGCAAGACGUUAUGGAUGAAAACCUGGUUGGAGAGUUAUAGAAAAAUAAUCAACGAGUCUUACAAAGUUGCAUGUAAAAUUGAAAACGGAGAUGGAAUGCGUUUUACGGAAGUUCCUGAUGAUAAAUUUAUUUGUCACGAAACGCCUAAUUUUGAUGAAAUUCGUUACGUUGUAGUACCAUCUAUUGUUUGUUCGACGGUAGUUGUACUUGCAUUAAUUUUUGCUCUACUCUUCUACACAUAUAGACUUGAAUGCAAAGUGUUGCUAUUCGUAUACUUUGGUGUUCAUCCAUUCGACAAAGACUCGGCCAAAAUGAACGAAACCAUUGACUGCGUUGUUGUUCAUUCAGGUGUUGAGACGGACUGGGUCAUGGAAAAAAUCGUGUCGUUACUAGAAAACGAAAACUACCAUUUUGUUGUUUGUGAUAUGGCAAGAGACUUUGUAAUUGGUUAUUCUUUUCAGGAAAACCUUACACGAACUGUCAGACAUAGUAAGAGGAUGAUAUUCUGUUUAUCGCAUGACUGGCCCAAAUCAUCCGAAAAAUUAGGCAUAGCCUGGCGAAUUGCCCAAGAAAAAAUCAAGGAAACAAAAUCCCAUUAUGGCAUAAUUGUUUCACAUGAAAUGAAAGUAAAUGAUAUUAAUGACAAAGAGUUGAAACGGUUCGUUAAAAGAGGAAGGUUUGUUGAUUCAAAGGACCGGCUGUUCAGAGACAAAAUUGUUUAUUAUAUGCCCGAGUCAGCUGAACCGCACAACGACAAAGCUCAGCUCGUUCACUUUAGAAAGAAAAGCGAAUACAUUUCAAGGUGUUUCAUAAACAGUUAUUGUGAAGACAUGGCAAAAGAUCAGGAAUCUGAAUCAAACCCAGAGACUGAUCUUAAAGAGAACACUAACGUUUUUAUUUCCUAUCAUGACAAUGACUUCCACUAUGUUUUGAAAGAGUUACUGCCACUUUUUGAAGAGAAAGGAUUCAGCUAUUGUAUUGCAGAUAGAGAUUUCGUACCAGGAGCAUCAAUAGAAGAGAAUAUUCUGAAUGCCAUUAAUCGUAGCCACAGAACUUUAUUUAUACUAUCCCCAUCCCACGUGGAGGACGAAUGGUCAUUGUUUGCCUUUAGAACUGCUUAUGAAAAAUCAUUAAGGGAAAAAUCCAAUCACUUACUAGUAUUGGUUAAAGAAGAAGUAGAAAAUAAGAACCUUGAUGAAGAAAUAAGUCAUUACUUAAAGAAUUACAUUUGCUUAAAUAUCAAUGACAAAUGGUUUGAAAAGAAACUGUUUAAUGGACUGCCAUUGUUAAAAAACAAAGAGGAUCUGCACACUUCUCCGCUAUUCAUAAGGAAAGAAAGUCUUUCAGAGGAGGAAAUUAAAGUCGACUUUCUGUAGUUAGAGGAUGAAAUAAAUCGCGACUUUCUUUAGUCAAACGUGCAAACUGAAGUAGACAUUUUGUAGAUAAAGGUGGAAAUAAAAAUCGACUUUCUUUAUUUACAGAAGAAAAUGAAAGGCGGAUUUCUGUAGCUAAAGGAGAAAAUUCAAGUCUUCUUCUCUUUUUUUUUAUUAAAGUCGACGUUUGAUAGUUAGAGGAGGAAAUCAAAUCGAUUUCAGUGGUGUAAGGAGAAAAUAAAUGUCGUUUUUCAAAGGGAAAAUUGGACCUGACUUUCUGUAGUUAAAAUAAAAACUCGCAGUCGGUUUUGUAUUGUUAGACUUGGAAAUUAUUGUCGGCUUUGAGUAGACACAAGAUGAUAUCACAUUAGGUUUGCUGUUGUUAGAUGAUGGAGAAAAUCACAGAUGGCUUGUUGUAAUGAGAGCAUGAAGCAAAUAAAACUCGGUUUUCUGUUGUUGGAGCGAGGAAAAAGUCACGAUUGGCUUGCUGCAGUUAGAGCGAUGCGGAAAUCACAGUUGUCUUAUUGGUGAAAAUACAGUCAGAUUGCCUUAGUUUGAUCCAGGAGGAAAUCCCAGUAUAAAUACUACUUUGGCAGCUUUAUAUUGUCUCUAGAUUUUUCAGUUGAACUAUUAGAACCACAGAUUUAGAUAUAUGUUAAUGUUGGAAAUAUAGAGUACAUAAAUUUCUAAAUACAUGCAAUACAUUGUAUAUUAUAAUGUGUGUCUAAUACUCAUCAUAUUGCUCCAAUUCUGUAUUACAGAAUGAGAAGUAAGCCGAAAUAAAUAUAUGUACCUUUUGAUAAA